CAUAUACACAAAGGUUGUUUUUACGCAGAGAAAGUUAACUAUAACAUUACGGUUUAAAAAGAUGAUGGAUAAAGCGAAGAAAAACGACAAAGCGUUCGCUGAAUACGAAUGGAUGGAAAAUAUGGAAGAAUUCGAUAGACAAAUCGAGGCCGAAAUUUGGGAAGAAGAAUUGAUUCGGUGCUGUAUCGAACAACUGUUAGAUGAAGAAGAUGACGCGCUAACAGCAGUUGAUAUCCUACAACAACAAAUGGAGAAAACAACUCUCGGGCGAACCAACGGAGAUUCCCAAAGAACCAUCAACGGCAAUGCCAUUAUCGACAACUACAGAAACGGAUUUGUUGGGUGCCCAUCUUUCGUACCUGAUCCAAAAAAGAGCUCACUAAAUCCCAAUGCAGCUGUCUUUGUUCCUCGCCAGACAUCAUCAUAGCAACGGACAUCAGUGUAGCGAAAUGUGCAUCUGUAUUUGGGUGUUAGAUUGGAAAUUUUAGAUAAGUGUACAUAAAAGAAGUUUAAAAAGUUUGUCACACUUUUUGUAAAGAUAUAUUUUAAAUUAAAUUGAUAACAAUUA